UUGUUUAGAAAUGGCGUCUAUAACGGAGCAACGGGACUGAGUUUGGAAUAUAUAGAGCCAAAGCCGGCAUAGGGACCGUAGUAUUGUGCAUCCUUGAUCUGAUCGUAAAAAAACAAAAUAAUGGACAGUGGAUCGGCAGUAGAAGCGACAGCUGAGUCUGUUGUCAGAGAAUACCUCAGUAGGAAGGGUUUGAAAGAGACCUUAAAGAAAAUGGAUGAGGAAUGCCCAAGACACGAACUCAGCAUAAGCAACAGGCAAGCUCUAAUGAAACAACUCAAUCUAGAAAAACUAAUGAAAAAGAAUAAGGAGAAUCCUCAGCCCUUCAAAGCUAUGUUGGAGAUAAUGACCAAACAUUUCAUCGAACGACGACCCCAGCAUCACACCAAUGAAUGGGAAGCAAACGGAAAAAGUUUGGGGAGCUCAGAUGGCUUAAGUUCAGAUAAUGCCUUCAGUCCUCAGACCAACGAGCCAAUGGAUUCUGUUGCUCUGCGACCAGCAGCAAGACCAACUACUGCUAUCUUAAGUUCCAGAAGAGAAAAGGCUGCUGCUAGUGAUCUUGUGGUGGAUGAUGAUAUAGAAGGAGAGUCACUCAUAGGGGAAGGGAAAUCUGGCCUGUUUUCUUCUAGCAUUUCUGACAGCCCUGUCUCUUACAACACAAAGACUCCGCCUUCUCGACCUUUAUCAUCUCGGCAAAGAACUGGAGCUAUUAUCAGUAACGAUGAUACUGUAGGUCAGAGGAGAAGAGGUCAGAUGAUGAAGCCAAAAGCCUUGCCCCAAUCCCGAAUGUCUGUCUCACAGCAGGAACAGCAGCGAAGGUACAGCACAGAUGUCAACGAGACAGACCGGAGCAGUAGUAAAACUGUUGACAACACUGUCUCUGCCAAAUUCUCCUCCAGUGGGGAAAACCUCAUCAGCUCCCCGUCCCCAGAUUUCAAAAGAAAUGACAAAAAUAAAAGAAUGUCUAUGCCUGAUGCAGCUCCUGUAUCAUUUGAAGCUCUUCUUAUGAAGGGGGAAGAGAGAGCCAAUUUGCUUCAAAGGAUUGGUUUAGAUAAAAAAGACAAUGAGGAAUUCAAGGAAUCAUACAAAGUUGAGACAUCCAGUAUGAGUGAAGAAAGGCCCCAGUCAAGAUUGAAAAACUUGUCAGGGGAUACCUCAUCAUCUAAGUCGUCAAAGUCAAAGAUGGUGGACCUAGAAGUCGGAGAUGUUGAUGACUUAGAGGCAGAUUUGGCGAAUGUUCAGCUCCAAGCCUCUACACCAAUGGUCCCUCCUAGCUCAGCAAAGCUCAGCAAAAUUCCGUCGACUCCAGUAGAUUUGAAAACAGCAGUGGCCCUGAAAACGCUGGUGCUAGGGUCACCAAACCAACAGUUCAAUGAGGAGUGGCGGCUACAGGCUUUCAGUUUCUGUGAUAUUCAAGAUCUUAAAUAUGGCAUUGUGCAGAAAAAGGGUGGACCGUGCGGUGUACUUGCAGCUGUUCAAGCUUGCUUUAUACAAGAAAUGUUGUUUGGUGAAAAUAAAAUAAUGGACACGAAAUACAAAAAUGUGUCAAGAGCUGAGAGGUCCAAGCUGCUGGCAUUAUCUUUGAGUCACAUUUUCUGGAGAGCUGGGGACAGCCAAAGAGCUGUUGUUGCUUUACCAAGCGAUACAUGUCAUCUAGUCAGCAGCACAAAGUUCAAGCAGGAUGAUGUCACUGAGAAGCUUUCACUGUACACAUUCAACAACUAUGAGGAACUCUCAAGUUUUAUGAUGCAGUCAGUCUCUCAGUUUGAGACUGAUGGCUGCCCAGGAGUGAUUCUAGUCAUGUAUUCUGCCAUAUUGUCAAGAAAACCUUAUCAAGUUCGUUAUGAUUUUGAUGUCUAUGAAACAACCAUGAUAGCAUCUCAUGGAUACUGCACACAGGAGUUGGUGAACUUAAUGUUGACGGGAAAGGCAGUUUCCAACACUUUCAAUGAUGUGGUGCGACUUGACUCGGAUGAUGGGAGUGAUUCUGUGACCUUGAAAGGAAUCUCCGGACGAUCAGAAAUUGGCCUUUUGUCUCUCUUUGAACACUACAAGUCUUGUCAGGUUGGUACCUAUCUGAAAACCCCAAGGUUCCCAAUCUGGGUGGUGUGCAGUGAAAGUCACUUCAGCGUCCUGUACUCAUCUCGACGCGAUCUUGUCAAUGACUGGAAGGCCGAGAGACGAUUUGACCUCAUGUACUACGACGGUCUGGCCAGGCAGCAAGAAGAGAUCAAACUGACCAUCAGCACGAUAAACCAGUUUUACAAGCCACCAAGCUCAGAGGAAGAUUUGGUGCCUCCACUCGAGCAUUGCAUACGAACAAAAUGGUCUGACGCAGAAAUAGACUGGAACGGAUAUGAGCCUAUUCUAUAAAACCAACACUGAGAGAUUGUCACCAUUAUGUUACGUAUCUGAUACUUGUUUCAAUCUGUUGUUAUGACUGCUGGAAUGCUCCUGCUAAUUUUGUGUCCAUUGUUUUGUUCUUAACCUAUCACAUGUUAUCUCAGGCUUCAGUUUGUCAAGUGUGUACUGAGUGGUAGGUUUGAAAGAAUCUAAGGUCAAAGGGUUUAUUUACUCAUGCCUGUGUCUGCCUAUAAGUCUGUUUGAGUUUGUGUGAAUUAGCGUUUGUGAGUGCAUGUUUAUGUGUGUAUCUGUUCACAACCAUUUGGGAGGGGUAGACAUUUUUUUGGUGGUGGAGGGGGAAUUGAGUAAAAUGUUUUGUUUUAGAUUGUUUUAGUUAGACACUAGAUUAAGGGCUUUGGAAACUAACUCUAACCACCAUAAAUUAAAUAAACAACUGUAGUUUGUAAUGUUAAUGAAAAAGAUCUGGAAGUUUUGGUAAUGAGACUAAGAAAUAUAUUGUUGCUGACUUUAUGCUCUCCUUUGAGGAAAUUUGUUCAAGACCUGUCUCAUGACACUAAUAGCUGAUUCUGUUGGACGUCCAAUUUUGUUUACAGUGGCAAAUUUGUUUAAUAAAAAAAUAUUUCAAGGUUGUGAAAGUGCAGGUGAAGUGGCUCCUUUUCAUGUAGUUUAAAAAAUGUUUACCAAAUUGUUGAAAUGUGUUUUUUCAUAAUAAAUGUUAUAUCUAGUUUACACCAGAGUGUAUUUGUAGAGUAUUUCAGUACUUUUCAAACAUAUUUUAUAAUGUACCUUUUAAUUUGUUUCCGUCCUGAAGAAUCCCAGCUGGAUGUGAAUAUUACUCCUGUGUUAUAUUUCUCUCCUUACCUGGACAUUCUAAACAUACAAGUCUUUGGACUCGUAGCCUUUUGAACAGAAGUAAAACCAACAUGUUCUUUAUCAUUUCUGAUCACACUCGUUCUUUCUUUUUUCCAUCCUCAAGAAUCCCAGCUGUCUGUAAAUAUUUUUCCUGUUAAUAUUGAAAUCAAUUUUUUUUUUCAUAAUGGUGGCAUGUGACUUACAUUCUAUGAACCAGACAUUGCAUCUGAACCCCUAAGCUCUAUGGGCAGAGAAAUGUUCCGUAUUUUAAAGUCUAAAUUUUAAUUUUGUCUGAAUUUUCAAAUAUUGAAGCAUGAUAGUUGUCUGAAAUGAUGUUUAUUUUUAAUAUAACUUGACAUCUUAUAUUCAGAUUUUUAAAAGCUUUCUCCUCUAUAACCAUUAAAAUAUGUUUGCAGAUUUAGAGGAGAGAAAAUGUGUAGUGCAUUACAGACAAGCUAUAUUUCAAAAGAAAGUGAAACAUUUCAUCAGUGUCAUCUCACAAACGCCCAAGUCAAUUUUGGAAGUUUUGAGGAAAUCAACGAAAGAGAGAGUGUCCAAA